AAUGAAUAUACGAGUAUCUGUGAAGUAUUGUGGAAGGAGUUUGACUGCUUAAAUCAAUCCCAAGACUAAUCUGAAAGAAAUUAUUUAACAUACAAUAGAUGGAGGAUACGCGUAAAAUAAUAUGUGAAUAAAUAUAGAAAAUAGUAGAUGUUAAAUAAUCCAGGAGUAUAUUUAUCUGAUAGAUCAAUAUUAUGUAAAGGAGAUGAACUCAAUAAACCAUUGGAAGUUUACUUUCCAAUGAUUUCUCUUUAAGGUCCACCUGUAGAAUUAUUAAUUUUGAGAGAAGAAGAGUUUAUCGAAUAUGAUACUGCUAUAAAAUCAUAACCUAAAUUAGUGGAUAGUGAGCCUCCUGAUAUUGGAGAAUCACAACCAAUUAAAAAAUAAUCAGAUGUUAGUAAUUUAUCUCCUGACUCUAAUUUGUUGAUUUCAUCAUAAGGUGUAGUCAAUUAAGGAUAAUUUACUUUAAGAUUUAAAACAACAGCUAAUCUAAGUAAACAAGGAUUUGAUUUUAAAAAUCUUUCAGAAAACAAUACCAUUAAUGACAUUAAAGAUUAAUUAUUUAAAUAUUUUGGAUUCCAUGAUAGGUAAUAAAUCAAAUAAAAAAUAGAUCUAUAGUUGAUUUAGAUCUUUAUUAUAAUGAAAUACCUCUUUAAGGAGUAAAAUCCAAUAGAACUUUAGCUUAGUUAUCUAUACCUAGUGGAGAAACAAUAGAAAUUAAGGCAAGAUGGACAGGAGGCAGUUUAGCAUGAU